GGGCUUUUUUUUUUUUUUUUUUUUUGGCAUCGAUACAAAAAAAAACGACAUCGUGGUUGCAAAUAAACUGUCUCCUUCUUUCUAUCCGUUACACCGACCUUUUUCUUCUUUCCCUUCUUCUUGUCUCUUGUCUCUUUUUCUCUUUUCUCUCUCUCUCUCUUUCUUCUCUGCCCAUCGUUUCUACUAAGCCUUGUUGCGCAUGGAUUUCCUGCUCGCUGUAGCGAAAAAUGAUAUCGAGAAGGCCCGUUAUUUCCUCCAAUCCAGUAUUGACGUGAACAGCCCUGUCUUAUGGAACGCCCGUGAAACUUUCUCGCCCGUAUUACCACCCGACGCUGCCUCGCGCCCUGAUCUGCGAGAGCGGUUACAGCGCGGCCAGGAAUAUCACAGCCGUCCAUUGAAUAUUGCAGUGCUGGGUGGCCAUGCGGAUAUGGUACGAUUAUUACUGAGCGCGGGCGCCGACAUCAACCUGAAGGAUGGACGAGGAAGGACGGCUCUAAUAUGUGCAAUUUACGGAUUGGAUCUGGAUGUAGCCGACAUCAACACAGCCAAUUUGCCGUUGAUAUCGAAAACACACGAACAUCAUCUCGAGAUUAUGAGGAAUAUCCUGCUUCGCCAUCCAAACAUCGAUGUCACGACGCUUAAUUCGCCGCAGUACGAAAUCAAGGGCAUCACUCCGCUCUGUUUGGCCAGCUAUCUCGGCAAAGCCGAAAUCAUCCAGCUGCUGUUGGAAGACGGUCGUGUCAAUGUCGACGGCACGGAUAGCAAAAGCGCAACUGCCUUGAUGUAUGCAGCUCGGGAUGGUAAUCUGCCAAUUGUAAAAACUCUCCUGAGCUAUAACGCGUCUCCUGAUAUAACCGAUGCACAUGGAUGGUCAGCUAUACAAUAUGCCGGAAGAAGUCCGGAUAUCGUCCAGUUGUAUGAAGAAGCACUGCGGUGCAAACGUCCCGAACUCACUCAUCUUCACGGCAAAAUGCCAUUAUGCAAAUACCCCAUCAACUACACAAAACUGUCGACCUUCAUAUCAUCAUUGCCGUCAUACCCAUCGUCGCUUUCCCACGUGCAAUUCGACUCACUCAAAGACAUUGACUUGCUGGAUCAAGCAGCAGCACCCAUUGUACAGAUUAUUCGAUCCGCGUUCUUGCACGCAGUUAAAACGCAUGACCACCAUACCUUGCAGACCUUAUUGCUAUGGUCACCACCACUACGAGACGAGCAGCGCAUGCUGUCAGGCCCUCUGCUUGUCAACCACCAUGACACGAAAACAGGCCUUACACCACUCCAUUACGCCAUGCGAGCGAAACCUCUGCCAUCUAUAGAUACAAUCAUUCUGCUCUACCAGGCUGGGGCUGAUGUCAAUUCGCAAACGCUGCUGGGUCGCACAGCACUCCACCAUCUUGCCCGAAUUGGCGUAGACAAAGAUGGCCGCUCAUGGGGCAUUCAAAAGAGCAACAAGGGCGAGAAUAACAACGGCAACAACCUGUUGCGCAACCGACAACGUACCAACAGUAUCCAUCGUCCGACACGCAUGAACUCGCUCUCGUCUCUUUCAUCACAGCCAAACAUGGCAACAACUUCACCUACAUCGCCCACUGCAACAACCGACGACGGAAACCGCUUCUCGAUCCAAAGCUCGGGUUCAAAUUCAUCUUCAGCGAGCGAGCCGCCCAACGAUCCCGUUGUGAAGCAUAUCAUGGCAGCACCGACUGUACCACAACAUUUGGCCAUGUGCGCUUCAUUACUUGUGCGCCUUGGCGCACUUGUCAAUAUUGCCGAUCCGAACGGAAAUACGCCACUUCAUUUUGCGGCAGAAUUCGGAGGAGUUCCGGAAGUGCUUGAAGUGUUGAUUCUGGAGGGCGCGGACUUGACGCUGAAGAACAUGAAGGGGUUGACGCCUAUUGACAUGUGUCGAACAGAUGAAGUACGGAGUAGAAUGCUAGGAUUGGAGCAUGAGCGAAAGCAAUCUUUAAAGACGAAAUCAUCUACAUCCUAUCUUAGCAGCAACAUCAAACCACUGGAAACAGCCAGCGACUACCGCUCCUCACUCUCACGCUCAGUGUCACGGUCAACUCUUCAAUCGUCUGUCACAACAGCAGGUGUGCCACCAACCGCGUCAGUAGCAGGUCGCGAGAAAUCGAAUAAAUGGCGUAGCAAACGCCGUGGAUCCUCACCUGAACAGCCUUCAUCUGACACGGACGAAGAAGAUGUUGACGGGGAUUUCGAAAAGAUACUGAAAGCCUUUUUCGAUUACCAAACGACGUUCACUGACAGCAUUGAAUCAGCACUCGCUCGCAUCACUGACAGUAUCCUCAACAAUGCUCAAAUGAGCCAAGAAGAGCACGCGGACUCGACAAAGCGUGUACAAGUUACGACUGCACGCCUCCGAUACGAGCUUCAAGAAGCACACGAGAUGUUUGAUGAUACGGAUCAACGGGCCGAACGUGUGAUGCUCCAUUACCGCGAAGAGCUGGAGCAAGUUGAGCAAAUUCAUCAAGCCGAUUGGGACAUGUGUGAGCUACAAUACGACAAGGUUGAGAAACUCUUUGACGUAUUUGAGCGCAUCGAUGGCCGAUUUUGUCAGCUCGAGCUGGACCAGGAUGAGCUGAUCAUGCAGGUCGAACAGAUCCGGAAAGCAGCAGCAGCACGCCAGACGACGCGCAGCGAGACCUGCGAAUCAUACGACGAGUUUAUGAGCAGCAUCUCCAACAUUACACAGUCGCUAACCAUUUUGGACACCCUGUCCGUGGAUCCGAUCUUAUAUUCACGUGAAGAUAUCAGUCGCCUAUGUCGAGAUAUUGGACAAAUGGUGGAUGCGGUUCUGCAAGAGAUUGACGAACGGGAGGAUGACAAGCUCAACGAAGCUCGCGAAACCAUUGAAAAGAAGUGGGAGGUGGUGCGCAAUGUUUUGAAUCGGAGGGCCUCUCAGGAUGAUCUUGAAAACCAAAUCAGCCUGAUGCCAUCGCCGCCAGUGGUAACCAAGAGCGUAGCAACGACGCAUUGGCAGGAACAACUGACCGCCGCACGACUAUAUCCUGGAGGAAAGCAACACCGAAAACGUCAAUCAUUCAAAAAAGCUACGACACUGAACGAACUCGAGCUUUCAUAUGAAAUUUUACAGUCAAACCUCCAUGAGGUCCAAAAAGACCUCGACGUUAUCAAUCAGCAGGUGGCCCAAGUAUUGACCAACAAGCGCAAAAUGUACGACACAUGUUUGAAGCUGGAAGGCGAACUGACGGCACCCGAGAAACAGCGGACGGAUGAGGCAAUCCGAGCUGAAUUGGCUAAAGUACUCACAUAUACCCAGACUCUGUUCGACAAACAAAAGAGUCUCGAAUCAGAUCGCACGCAGCUACGCUUCGAAUUAAACGACAUCGAAAAGCGAUUAGAGAAAGUCCAAGAAUCAUUACGAUUAGUGCGUCCACCCUUGCUUUUGCAAGGUCUGCUGGAACGUCUCGAAACUGACAUAGGACCAAUUGUGCGGAUUGAGAAGGACUGGAAAGAAGACACCAACUUUGUCAGUGAAGUGUACGAAUCAGAAGAAGAGUCUGACGAUACGAGCAGCUCGGCAAGCAAUAACGAUUACAUACCCAAGUGGCUCGACGAGCGCUUUGCCAGCAAACUGUCUCUUCAAUGUCUUAUCACCCGCCUCGAUGCUAGUCUUUACUGCCUCAAGGUCUUGGCCAGGAACCAUAUCGGUCGAUCACGCCAACUGCUGCUUGAGGUUCAAGCAACCCUGAACCAAGCCAACGCCGAAUUAGAAGACACGCGCACGCAGAUGAAUGUCUUGUACGAUGACGCAGCUGAAGUGGCACAUCAGGUGUUUACUCUCAAGACCGAACUGGAAACGAUUGUCAAGCAUCGCAAAGAGGAAAUUGUCAAAGUAUGGGAGGUGGUCGAAGAGGUGUCGGAAGGCAUCGACAUAAUCGAAUCUAACGAGAUACCACCACCGCUCGAGGAAGACAAGAAAGAUCGGGCCGAAGAGGAGCAGGAUCGCCAUCAGUGGAUCGUCCAUGAACUCGAGCAGUUGCAGACAGUGCAUGAAAAUUUGCAGGAUGCUAUUGAGGAAUUGCAGCGGGACCAGAAUAACAUUGGAAAGAGUCUUCGACGACUGGCUACUGCACUGAUCGAACCGCAAGUGGAUCGACUUGUUGGUCAAGACGACGCGUCGCUACUUACGAUCAGUGACCGGUUGACGGAACUUAUGGAACGCGUGCAGUAUCGCGAAUGCGGUGUUGUAUCAACAAAAUUACCAAGUGCUGUUAGUGAAGAUCAAGCACGACGGGCUUCAAAUGCAAGCAAGCGGAUUUCGGUAGCCACGCAAAACAGCUUGCGAUCUUCAGUGGUGUCAGCCCGACCGCCUAUUGAGAAACCAAAACAACGUGUUCCACAUACCAAUGUUCAUACUGCCAUUCGAACAGAUAAGCGUCGCAUGUCAAUCAUGUCCACUUCCAGCUUCACCUCUCUUUCAUCUUAUCAACAGGAUCGUAUGCUCGCCAGAGCUUCCACUUUAAGCAGUGCUUUUAGUCGUUCCCAACAUUCACUUGUACAUCGUUGAUAUCUAUUAAAAUAUACAUAUUUACA